CCCUCGGUCUCGCGCUCGGCCUGCGCAGGCGCAAGGCCGCAAGAUGGCUGCGGCUGGAGCGGGCCGUCUGAGGCGGGCGGCGUCCGCCCUGCUGCUCCGAAGCCCGCGCGUGCCCGCCCGGGAGCUGUCGGCUCCGGCCCGGCUGUAUCACAAGAAGGUUGUUGAUCAUUAUGAAAAUCCUAGGAAUGUAGGAUCCCUUGACAAGACAUCAAAAAACGUUGGAACCGGAUUGGUGGGAGCGCCAGCUUGUGGUGAUGUGAUGAAAUUACAGAUUCAAGUAGAUGAACAGGGGAAGAUUGUGGAUGCCAGGUUUAAAACAUUUGGCUGUGGUUCUGCAAUUGCCUCCAGCUCAUUAGCCACCGAAUGGGUAAAAGGGAAGACGGUAGAGGAAGCCCUGACCAUCAAGAACACAGACAUCGCCAAGGAGCUCUGCCUUCCCCCCGUGAAACUGCACUGCUCCAUGCUGGCUGAAGAUGCGAUCAAGGCUGCCCUGGCCGAUUACAAACUGAAACAAGAACCCAAGAAAGGAGAGGCGGAGAAGAAAUGAGCCCUCGGCGAAGCGACCGGCAGGUCAUAUACGCUGUCUGUCUGUCCACCCGCCACACAAUCACCGUAGAUGUUCAGAAGCCCCUCACACUACAGUACGAGACCCUCUGAGACACGCACAGCACUUGCUGGUCACGUUGUGGCUCCAAUGCAAGCAAAAUACACAGUUUACUCGUUCCAGACCCCGUGCUUUCUUUCAGCCCCCUUUUAUCGCCUUAACCCAGUUUGUGUAUAUUUUGAAUUGUGUGCAUGGCCUCAAAGCUGAAAUCAGGAACAAAGUCUGCUGUGCUGGUCCACGAAGUGCACCGAUACCUCGUUUCAGCUGACCCUGUCUGACGAAGAUUACCAGUAGAAGGCCUUGGUAUGAUUAUUUGAGAGAGCCAAUUAUUGUACAUAAAACAGAUUUGCAUAUAUAUAUAUAUAUAUAUAAUAAAAGAAUGUAAGACCA